CCGAUACAUUGCAAGGCCUGAGCAAAACGCCUGCUUGCCUGAAGUUCAGUUGGUGUGUGGGCUUGCACUGUUGCAGUGGUCACUUUUACCAAGCCGCUAAGACCCAGCACAUAAAAUGGCAAUGCGCGGUCAACUCAAAACGCCGAUUGCCUCUGGCUCGCGGCCUGGGAGGCAAUUUCGAGUGGUCCUCGCGCGCGCGGCCACAGCGCGGGCGCCGGCUGUAAAGGCUGGCGCGAAGCAAUUAUCUGUGCGUGAACGAGCGCUGGCCGAGCAGGCGGUGCUGUCAGCGCUGGCGAGCGCUCGCGGCCGCGGCAAGGAGGGUCUGAGCGAGGAGCAGCUGGAGCAGCUCAACAGCGAGGAGCAGCUGGAGCAGCUCAACAGUGCGGUGGAGGCUCUUGAGGCGGACGGCGGUGUGGCCGACCCCACCACCCUGCCCGCGCUGGACGGCCGCUGGCGCCUGCUCUACACCUCCCGCCCCGGGUCCGCCUCGCCCAUCCAGCGCACCUUCACGGGUGUGGACUCGUUCAGCAUCUUCCAGGAGGUGUUGUUGACGCAGGAGGGCGGCGGCGAGGACGGCCAGGAGGGCGGGCCGCGUGUGAACAAUGUGGUGGAGUUUGGGGCGCUGGGAUUUCUCAAGGUGGAGGCCCAAGCCAGCACGGACGGCCGACCGCUGCCUGGCUUCACGCCGCGGCAGGGUGAGGGUCUGCCGCUGUUUGGCAAGUCCAACAACUACCCCGCCGCUCGGCCCAACAUGCGCAUUGACUUCCAGUUUGACCGCGCCGCCUUCAACUUCCGCUUCCUGCCCUUCACCAUCCCCUACCCCGUGCCCUUCCGCAUCCUGGGUGACGAGCGCAAGGGCUGGAUCGACGUGACGUACAUGAACUCUGACUCCACGUUCCGCCUCAGCCGCGGCAACAAGGGCACACUGUUCGUGCUGGCCAAGGACGUGCCCAUCAAGCAGCGGUUGAUGGACGCAAUUGCCGCCGCCGAUGACGAGAUGGUGAUGUCUCUGGUGUCCCUGCUGGAGCAGGACUGCCCCACCCCGGCGCCCGCGCGCAGCCCCCUGGCCAGCGGCAACUGGCGGCUGGUGUGGAGCCAACAGGCGGAGAGCGCGUCGGCACUGCAGAAGUGGGGCAGCAAGCAGGCGGAGAGCUUCCAGGUGAUUGAUGCCGAGGCCGGCACCGCCGCCAACAUCGUCAAGCUGGGCGGCUGGGGCGAGGUGCGCGCCAACGCCGGUGUGGAGGCCGCUAGCGACACACGCACCGGCGUGGACAUCACCGACGCGGCGCUGUACGUGGGGCCGCUGCGCAUCCCGGUGCCCUCGCCGGUGCGCGGCUCCAAGGGCAGUACGCCCGGCUUCAUCGACUGGCUGUACUUGGACGAGGACACACGCAUCACACGGGGGUCCAAGGGCUCGCUGUUCAUCCACCGUCGCGAGCCGCAGCCCGAGCUGUGAGCGGUGCGAGCUGUGUGGGAUGAGGGGUGUGGCGUGAGGGGUGAGGGGUGUGGCGUGAGGGAUGAGGGGCGAGGAUUGAGUCAUUGAGAGGGGUGGAGGCAGGUUGGGCUGAGAUACUUAUCGAGAGAUUUACAGUUGAUUGUGGAGUCCGGAGAGAAAGAAGCAUGGAGAGAUGUGGGUGAGAGGAAUGGCGACAAGGCAAGGGAGGACUGGGAGUGUUUGAGAGGGUGCCGGGGCCUACGCGCCGUGCCAAUGCGGCGUGCCUGAGCUGUGUGUGUGUGUGUGUGUGUGUGUGUGUGUGUGUGUGUGUGCGCGACACGUGCAUUUGUGUGUGUACAGCAUGUGUGUUUGUGUGGAUGUGCUCGGGCGUGAGCACAUAUGCGUGUGCUUAUGCAGUUAUGCUGCAGGAUGUUGCUACCUGCACUGACUGGAGUGAGUGUAGACUGCGUGGAGUAGACUGAGUAGGAGUAGGGUGCGUGUGGGCAGAGGCCCGAGGCCCCGAGCCCCGAGGGCAUGUGUACCGUACUCGCGUAGUACAUCCGAGGCCGGUGCCCAUGUGGCAGGCUGUGUAACCCUGUGUUGCG